CACACCGACAGAAACUGAUCAUCCACAGUCUCAUAUUUUCUUGCUUUGGAUACCAGCCACCCACGACGUGAUCGUUGGACAAGACUAUUCUUGCCCGUCAAAACUCGUAUGAUUCCAGCUCGUACGGUGUUAUGCUGUGCAAGCACAUAUGACUUUAUAACGCAGGCUCUACUCUAUGAACUCAACAUCAGUCGUUACGGGGUCUAAGAGCAAAGGGACAGGGCCUGGUCUACAAUAACCCAACCAAACCCAACCCCCCUGGCCAUUUCAAAACCCACCCACGCGGGGGAGGGGCACUUUGAUUCGUUUCUAGAUGCCUGAUGCGUUAGGUGAUGUGAGGUAACUGGCCAUUAAACCACGCCCAAACUUGGUCUGCCGCGUUAUCCUGUGGAAGCAUAGCAAGCUACCUUGAGGAGAGUGCAGACGCUGAGGAACGUUUCUCAAGGUCUGCAUAUGGAGAUUGUCUGUGUUACUCUCCUCUUUUCCUCUCCGACUUUUUGAUAUUCCGUUCAUCCUCUCUACUCUUUUUACUUUUUCCUUGGUUCCUGUACUAGUUCGUUGAGGCCCAUCCAAGAGACAACGUCGUCUCGCGGCCCAACUUGUAAGGCACCAGAAGGAGAACCACACACAUCCAAUCCUUUUCCAUUCUCUACCUCUCGCCCCAACUUCCGACUCGACUCGACCUCGACGUGACGCUGCAAGCUGCGGUUGCCAUGCAUGAUCAGCCCCCAGACUCCAAUCAUCUUUGGGGGGUGCAAUUGCUCACGCAGCGUGGACUUCGUUGAGUGGCUCGACCGCUCGUCAUCACGACUACUUUGGCCCUUGCCCGUUGCAUUCCGACAUAUAAACUAGUCCGGCCUAGGACACCAACUCUCACUGUCCAGCGCGCGCUGAGCUGUGCUGUUGCUGUGCUGUGCCGUGUCCCCCCUCUGGGUCCUGCAGGAGUCCAUCCCACUCAGCAAAAAUGAGGCUAGGAUACGAUCGAGACGUCGCUGAUGGAGAGGCCCGACUUCCACUCGUGCGUCGCAGGCCCCUCCGCCCUGAAUCUCACGAUUGGUACGGCCCCAGUGACGUCGUGCCCUAUAACCAGUACCCAAUGCCCCAUCGGACACGAAUCGACGAACUACAAAGGCCCAACGGAAGGACACCCAGGGGAUAUUCCAGGAGUAUGAGUCUCGAUGCAUACCCGCCUACAAUGCCCAUGCCGCCAGCACACUUGAUGCGUGCCUCAACAGAUGUCUACAAGAAACGCCCUCAGUUCUCGGUAUAUGAAGCAGGCGAAGACGAUGAGGAUGAUGAACGCUGGCCGGCUAUGAAACCACGGGGUAGACACCCGGAGCCCGCGAGGCCCCGGCAGGUGGUCCGAAGACGGAGAGAACCGACGCCCGAGUCGACACCGCCGACAGAUAGUGAAAGCGAGAGUGAAAGUGAGAGCGAGGAGGAGAGCGAUGAUCAAAACCAGAUAGAGGUUGUGGUGGAAGAACCAGAGGACAAACAUAGACGCCAUCAUCGUCGACACCGUCGAUCACCCAGCCCAGACGAUUAUCUCAGCUCACCAGAUGAAAAGAGAACACCACGGAGGCGGAAUAGAAUACCAUCGCCAUCGACCUCCGACGAAAGAGAAAUAAGAUAUCGACAGGCUUCUUCUGAAAGAGGCUCACCGGACCGCAGACCUGCUCUGAGACGAGAGAUCAGCGAUACACCUAGAUACAGUCUUCCCACAAGAUUUAACAGUGUCCUCGGUGCUUCUCGGCCGCCUGUAGCUUCUAGAAGAACUGCCAAGGUGGUUGAGUCUCGUGAAUUAGUCCGUGAGGGCCGUCCCCGGAGACUACCUAUAGCUACAAUCGAAACCGUUGAAGUCUCUAGGGAGUCUUCGCGACGUCCCCCAAGUAUAGCCCGCAGCGGCUUUGAUUCAUCCAGAAAUUCAUCCCCAGACCGGCCACGUCUGAUUCGUGACUGCAAGGGCUGUUUAGAUGAAGUCCCCGUAUCCAAAUGCCCCAAACUUGAUUGCGGCCAUCGCAUGUGCCACAGCUGUCUGAAGAGGCGGUUCAAGCAAUCAAUGACGGAAGCUGAACAUAUGCCGCCAACAUGCUGCACCGAUGCCCACAUUGGUCUGGAGCAUGUUGACAAGCUUUUUGAUUCUACGUUCAAAAGAAUAUGGAACAAGAAGUUUGUCGAGUACUCCCUCAGGAACAGGCUCUAUUGUCCCUCUCGACGAUGCGGUGAAUGGAUUCGACCAGCUGAUAUUUACCGCGAUCGCGAGACGGGACGCAAAGCUGCUCGUUGUGAUCGGUGCAACACUAAGGUUUGUGUCGCCUGUAAUGGCAGGUGGCACUUUGCGAGCAAGUGUCCUAGGGACGAAGAGACGGCGAUGUUUCUUGAGUAUGUCAGAGCUGAAGGGCAGAAGAGAUGCUAUAGAUGCGGUGCUUCAGCUCAGCUCCGAGAGGGUGAUAAUCAUGCCUUAUGUCGAUGUGGUGCCGAGUUUUGCGUCGUGUGUGGAGAGAAGCCCAAGAGAUGCGAAUGUCCAUGGUUCGACCCUGAUGCUCCCGAAUCCGAUCACGAGCAAGAGGUUACACAUCGAGGCGAGAUUCAGGUCUUUCGUGAAGAUAGCACUGAAGAAGAAGAAUCUCGUGUUGCUAGACGACCACGAAAAGCUAAACCUGCACGACCCCCGAUCUAUGAUGAAGAAGCUAUCAUGCGUCAACAACAGGAGGAGCGUGACGAUGAGUUGGUUCGCAGGUCUCAUUAUCAUGGCAAAGACUACGAAUACGAUAUUGGAGGUGCUCCAGAAGUACCCAGGUCUAGCGAUCCUUACUCAGGCGAUAGUCCUCGCCGUGUAGGUCGCAGAGUCGUCGGUGGUGCUCCUCCAUCACCAAGCCGAGCAGACUUCGAAAGAGGCACCCCCAGAAGUGGAGGAUACUACGCCGGCCGCAUGGACAGACGCCAUGCCGAAGACCGUUACGCUCCAGACUCUCCAGGCAUGCGACCACCACCAAUGGGGAUGCCACCUCCCGUCAUAGAGGAAGGAUACCGCGGUGGUGUAGCGCCUCUCAUCGUGGAGCGUGAUCCAAACACUUACGACGACGACGAUUCGUACUACAGCCACAGCUCGCGCAGUCGAAAGGGUACGCGACGCAGCGAGAAUCGAAAGUCUUCCGAGCUCGCCGGUCUCGGUCCACGGACCCCGGGACUGAACCGGAUCGACGUCUGGCGGACGUUUGUUGAGCCCGGUGAUCCCGAGGGAGAGAUAGCCGCUGCAGCUGCCGUGACUGCAUGAAACUUCAACGAUAACGAAUUUCAUAUACAAUUUUUAUCUCGAGCAAGAUUGAUAGAUUGUCUUUUUUUGUACGAUAGUCUUUCUUUUUUUGGUCUAGGGUUUAAUUUUGGUGGGGAGUCUUGUCGCAUGGAUUGUUACGCAAAGGCCAACAGAACUCUCUAGACGCAUGACAUGUCAUGGCAUGGAUGGUAUGGUGAUGAUGGUAGGAGCAUAAGCAUAAGCGUGAGUGUGAGCAUCGGGUCGGACAACGAUAAGAUGGAUAAUGCUUGAUGUCAUCUAGCCCUUGAUAUUUCUUCAUAAAUUAUGCAUUCUUCUCCCAAAAUACCUCUAUUAUGG